UCACCGGCGUCUGUCUUCAGUUUCCGUGUAACCUUCGUCUUGUGCUCUCGACUUGGUCUCCGAUCCUUCCGCCCGUCGGAAGUUUAGUUGGCUCCCCGCAACCUACCUUCCAAGGGCGCCACACCCCUUUUGGAGACCAAAACAAAAAAAUCCUCGGAGGAGACGAGAAUUUUUAGACCGAAAUGAAUCAUAAAAACAUGAUGCUCCUGGGCUUGCUCGUUUGCCUGAGCGUGGGCUCACUGGCGCAAGAAUCCCCCAUCAGCCCCUGGCAGAGCCUCAACAGCGCCAUGACGGAUGCCCAGAAAGACGACGCCGCCGGAAAGACCGAAGAGGAAUACAGCGACGCCCCUUACGACGUCACCUACCCUGAGGCCGACUACCAGAACGCGACGGACUACAUGUCCGACGAGGAGCUCAUCAUGCAGAGCCUGCCCUUCAAGCUGCCCUUCAAGAUGGACAAGAAGCAGCUGGCCGUCAGCAUGAAGAUCCUGAAGGCGGCCGUUAAGCCUAUCCUCAAGAGCAGGCAACUCAGGGACAUCGUCGCCUACAUCGACGAGAGCCUGGUCAAGUACAAGACCGACCUCGAGUCGCAAAUGUACGUCGCCCUCCUCAUGGACUCCCUGCAGGAGCUCUACGAGGGCAAGGAGACCGCCGAGCUCAACAUGAUGGUCAAGAGAAUCUUCACUGAUAUGAGCGACGAGGAAACCGCUCGUACCUUGGGCUCCGUGUGGAGGUCAUACGUCGGUCCCGCCCUUGAUAAUUACGUCAUUGACCCCAUGAGGAGCUACGUCAUCCAGCCAGUCAGGUCGUACCUGUACGACCCCAUUUCCGACUACGUCUACGAUUUUGCCGAGCGUAUUGAAAAUUGGAUGGAUGGCAGCCAGCGCCCUUACAUCGAUGUCCGAUACCCUGAAAACUAUUACAGAAGAUGGAGUGAGCGAGUCAACGACUACGCCAGCCGCAUCUCCGACUGGGCUUCUCAGGCGCGCCAGAGUCUGGAUGUGGCCAGAAGGAUGCUGGAAGUUCAGGAGACAGCCAGGUGCCACGGCUGCACCGACCAGGACGAGCACAACCUCGAGGAAGUCAACUUUUACAACGUCCAGGUCAAUGAACUGGCGUGGCUGGCAUGGUUAAGCGCAAUUGGGGUUCUUGCCGCCAUCGCUGCAGCCAUUGCGAUCCCCCCUUCAGUUGCAAUUCCUGUGGCUAUAGGAGCUGCUGGAGGUGGUGGUGGUGGCCCAGCUGGAUUUCAAGAACCGACAUUUAUACCCGUUCAAGUGCCCGUCAUAGGUGUUCCUCCACCCCCGCCUGCCCCUCCAGGCAUUGGAGUAGUUGCUGGAGAUGGAGGAUUUGGAACUGCCCCUGGAUUUGCCCCUGGAGCACUUGGAGUAGGCCUUGGAGAUGGCACUGGCAUAGCAGCUGAUGAUAGUGGCUUUGGAUUUGGAUUAUUUGGAGAUUCUGCUGAGCCACCGGUCGGGGCUGGUGCUGGAGGACCAGGCAUUAUUGGAGGUCCAGGUCUAGGAGGAGGAGGAGGAGGAGCAGGCUUUGGAGGAGGUCCAGGCCUAGGAGGAGGUCCAGGCCUAGGAGGAGGUCCAGGCCUAGGAGGAGGACCAGGCCUAGGAGGAGGACCAGGCCUUGGCGGAGGACCAGGCCUUGGAGGAGGACCAGGCCUUGGAGGAGGAGCAGGCUUUGGAGGAGGUCCAGGCCUAGGAGGAGGAGCAGGCUUUGGAGGAGGAGGUCCAGGCCUAGGAGGAGGAGCAGGCCUGGGAGGAGGGGCAGUAGGGGCUGGUGGGUUGGGGACUGGUCCUCAAGUAGGAGCUGCUCCAAGCACCUUCAUAGUCCGCCGCAGACGGAAAUACUCUCCUUACGAACACAUCGACAGAAGUGCGGACGAAUUUGAUUACUCAGUAUUAAACGAAAGUAAAAUGAAUCUCAAGUAUACCAGUAAAGACGCGUAUAAGCAAUACAGCAGAUACGGCGAGAAGAAUGAAUAAAUGAAGACUCACCCAAUGCCAUCUUCUGUGACUCAUGCCCCCUUGCCCCGCCUUAAGGGGUAUGGGGACUACACUUCCCCUUCCCUCUCUUCGUCCACUGGAGUUCUCUCAUGAGUUACCCUUUGUGUAUCGCAUAUUACUCUUUCUUCCGUGUUUAGUUGUGUAACCAAAGGAUGCUUCCACGUAUACAAAGGAGUUUGCGAAGUCUGUAAUCACUGGAGUUAAGGACUCCCCGUGAAACGAACUCGCAAGAAAAAAAGGUAAAACUGAUGCUAAUGGCCGACAACAUGACGCAAGACUAUUCUCCUUUUCCACAUUUCAAAGUCCUUCUGUGCCCUUUGUUUUGGCAAUGAUCAUGGUGAUGUUCAUUUGAGAUCGCUAAGUUUUCCCAUCGUCCAAUGAAUGGGAAGUGUCAAAAAGAGUUACUUAUAAUUUUCAAGUUUAUUACCUCAUGCUUCAAUAAAAGGAUUCUGCCAUGUAACGAACAGUGUGUAAAAUAGACAAUUCCUUAACUGCAAAGCUUAGUACGUAUCAAGUAUGAUUCCUGUAUUCCAAGUCAGUCGAGAUUUUACCGAAACUUCUGUGGCAACAUUUCCUCGUGCUUCCGAAGCUACCGAUUCCUUUUCCAGAGAAAAGUCCCCAAAUCUUAUUUUCGUCAAUUGCCUGAAGGACCUUCUAAUCAAUGAAAUCAAAACGGGUUGACAUAUUAUAUCUCUUCUUCUUCUCCUCCUCUCCUCUCUUUCCAUGACAUUUGGACCAAAGACAGCUCAUUGUUUUUAUUUGUUUCGUCGCAUUGUUUGCUGUUGUUACUUUGUGAGCAGUAGAUGCCGUAGGUUAUCAUAUAAACAGAAGGGUUUGUUUUUAUUAUAGGCAUAUAUAUUCUAUCUGCUUCAAGACAGGUAUUUCCAUUCUGAAAAUAGUGGUGACUGCUUCCCCAUCCCCUCAGCCUAUUUUAUAACUCGAUUUUUUUAUAGUUUUUUUUUUUUGUCAUUCUUAUCGUAGGCACUGUUCCAAAUGACCUUCCCAUUCCCUAAAGAUAAGAUUGAAUAACCAAUUGAAUCAGCUUUAAAAAUGAACUUCCUUAUCUUUGUAAAUUGAGUAUUGAACCACCAGAACUUAAAGACAGUUUUAGCCCUAUAUAGCACUAUAUUUCUAGGCAUUCAGUUGUCUUAUAUAACCAAUAUCCCAACACAUAAACAAUCUAUGCCUAACAAACAUCAAAUUUCGAAUGGAAAGCUUGAAUACCAACUUUAUUAGUUCAAAAACAAUGCAAAUGUCUUUUUUUGGAACUGAAAACAAAAUCCAAGUUCAAUCAGACUCCCACAAUAAUCUGUAAUAAUGGUUAUGAUCUGUAAUCCUAUUCUUCCUGUAUGUAUUUAUUCAUGUUGUAUUUAUUUCCUAAGUGAUAGAGCUCGCCUGAUUGCUCUGACCUUGGGGUCAGGUCAGAUGUUGGCUUCUUAUGUUUCCCAUUACAAAAGAUGAGGUAAUCAAACUCCCUUAUUAUUAUCAUUAUUUUUUUUGUCUUCCAUAGACCCUACUCUCACUGUUAAUUAUUAUUAUUUUCAUAUCGUUGUAAAUAGUUAUUAAGUUGAUUUUUGCAAUAAAUUGUUGUUAAGCUA